AUGGGAGAUUUGGUCAAGGAAAUCCUCGUCAAGCCGAUCCAAUACGCCGACGAGGUCGUAAAAUUAGCCGACGGCGCCAUCUCCUUCCGGCAGGAUUGCCUCGAGGUCAAGGCUAAAACAGAGAAGCUCGUCGGCCUCCUCCGGCAGGCCGCCCGCGCCAGCGGCGACCUCUACGAGCGGCCGACGCGGCGGAUCAUUGACGACACCGAACAAGUCCUCGACAAAGCCCUCACCCUCGUCCUCAAAUGCCGCGCCAGCGGCAUCCGCCGCAUCUUCACCAUCAUCCCCGCCGCCGCCUUCCGCAAAAUCUCCCAACAGCUCGAAAACUCCAUCGGCGACGUCUCCUGGCUCCUCCGCGUCUCCACCCCCGCCGACGCCCGCGACGACGACUACCUUGGCCUCCCCCCGAUCGCCGCGAACGAACCCAUCCUCUGCCUCAUUUGGGAGCAAAUUGCCGUCCUCUGCUCCGGCGCCGUCGAGGAGCGCACCGAUGCUGCCGCCUCCCUCGUCUCCCUCGCCCGAGACAACGAUCGCUACGGCAAAUUGAUCAUCGAGGAAGGCGGGUUGGGGCCGUUGCUGAAAUUAGCGAAAGAAGGUAAAGCUGAAGGUCAGGAAAACGUCGCAAGAGCCAUCGGCCUCCUCGGAAAAGACCCCGAAAGCGUCGAACAAAUUGUCAACGCCGGCGUCUGCCAAGUUUUCGCGAAAAUUCUCAAAGAAGGCCACAUGAAGGUCCAGGUCGUCGUAGCUUGGGCGGUGUCGGAGAUGGCGGCCAACCACCGGAAAUGUCAGGAUCACUUCCUCCAGAACAACACCAUCCAGCUCCUCGUCAGCCAUCUCGCCUUCGAAACCAUCCCGGAGCACCACAAGUACGCCAUUGCCAAAAGAAAGCACACCUCCAUCCACCACGUCCUCGCCGCAAACUCCGAAUCCGCCGCCGCCGACGUCACUCCCGCCGCCGCCGACGACAGCCUGAAAACACAAAUCUCUCAUCCAAUGGGCGGCUUCGCCGCCCCAACCCAAAUGCACAACAUCGCCACAAACGCCAUGGCAAUGAAAGACACCAUAACUCAAAUAGGCGGCGCCACCACCACAACCACCUCCACCACCACCUCCGCCCCAUCGCCGCCGUCCUCCGGCCAUCGGAAAUCCAGCGGCAAGCAAAAUUCAAAGAAAAAACACCGCCAGCACCACCAGCAGCACCACCACCGGCACCACGCCCUCAGCGGCGACAGCAUCAAAGGCCGGGAGCUCGAAGACCCCGCGACAAAAGCAGAGAUGAAAAUCAUGGCAGCCCGAGCCCUCCGCUACCUCUGCGCCGGAAACGUCGCCGUCUGCCGGAGCAUAACCGAAUCCCGCGCCCUCCUCUGCUUCUCCGUUCUCCUCGAGAAAGGCGCCGAAGACGUAAGGUACCAUUCCGCCAUGGCAUUAAUGGAGAUCACUGCCGUCGCCGAAAAGGAAGAAAUUCUACGGCGCUCGGCUUUCAAGCCCACCGCGCUCGCUGCCAAAGCCGUCGUCGAUCAGUUCCUAAUCGUCAUCCAAAAAGAAGAUCCCGACCUCCUAAUCCCGAGCAUCCAAUCCAUCGGAAACUUGGCAAGAACUUUUCGCGCAAGCGACACGAGGUUCAUAGGCCCAUUGGUUGGCCUCCUCGACGAUCGAGAGCCAGAAAUCACAUGCGAGGCAGCAGUCGCCCUGGGCAAAUUCUCCGGCCCCGGAAACUUCCUCAACAUCGUGCACAGCAAAUCGAUAAUCAACGAUGGCGGAAUCAAGUUCCUCGUCCCGUUGGUUUAUUUCGGCGAGCAAAUGGUGCAAAUCCCGUCGUUCAUACUCUUGUGUUACCUGGCGAUGAAUGUCCCGGAUAGCGAGGUUUUGGCGAAGGAGGAUGUUUUGAUCGUGAUCGAGUGGGCGACGAAGCAGUCGAACUUGAUGCAGGAUAAGGACCUCGAAGCUUUGGCUUACGAGGGGAAGAAGAGAUUGGAGCUGUACCAGUCGCGGGCUUCGAAAGGGUACUAUUGA